UUUUACGUCAAUCAUCCCUAAAUUAUCAUAUACAUUUACAAAAUGCCUGAAGUUUUUAUUUCUAUUUUUCAUGCUUGACAACCAUUUUUCUAGGGUACUUCCUACAGGGUACAUUUCGUCUUUAAAUAAACAGGCUCCUCGCAUCGCUUUUUGAAUAAUUGGAGUGCUGCGAGUUAUCACUUUGAAACUUGUUAUUAAAAUAUUUUGAAAAUCAAUCAUUGCAGAAGGAAGUGCAUCGCUAUUAAUUUACACUUGAUAGCUAAAAAAAUCAAGAAAGAGAGGUAGAGUUAAGUUCGAGACGAGACAGAGGGAGAUCAAUCUUCGUGAUAUAUGCUUAGAAGCACUAAAGUUUCAAAAAAAAUAGGAGUUUUAACCUGUACAAUCAGCGUAGAAAACAAAGACUUGUGAUACAUCCUUAAAUCUACAAUACUUUUGAUGGUUUUGUUUGUUGUUUAGCAUCAAGUUUUAGUGCUUUAAUUACUUCCAUUGUUAUCUAUUGAAGUGUGAAUUGCCGGUGUKUUUUUGAUCUUGCUUUAGUGAUAUUUCAACACGUGUACUGCCGCUGUUAAAGUCAGGAYUUGAGAUUUGUUGGCGACAAAUGUAGUCAUUAUUAUGUCGGGUUUGUUUGCUUUUACCGUAAUAAAUACAAACUGACAGCAUAAUAGAGCGACAAAAAGUGUUUAACGUAGCAUUUAAAUGAAUAAGGAAAAUCCUGGAAAGGAAGUUAAGGAAGAUGCAAGUAAAGAUAUUUCAAGAAAGUCAGUAAAGGAACCAAAGAAAAUUAAAAARGAGCAUAACAGCAGCGGUGCUGAAAUAAGUGAGUGCAUUGUAUCUAAAAAUGAGGCAAGAGAACGAGACUUAAUUAAAAAGAAGGAAGGAAAUAAAGAUCUUCAAAAAGACAAGGCAUUGCAUAUGAACGUGGUUUUUCAACGAGGAGGGUCCAAGACGCGUCCUAGGAACUGAAUGGAAAACAAAACUACAAACUGAAGGGGAUUGAAUCAACUACUACAAUGUUCAACAAUACAACCUUACUUGAAUCUAUGGUCAAUUCGACCUUGAAUAUUUCAACAACAGCACCGCCACCAGGCCCGAUGGGAACAGCAAGGAUAGAGGAGCCUCUUUUUAUGAGAGUUAUUCGUCUAGCAACGUACAUCAUCAUCUUUCUCAUAGCCGUUUUUGGCAACUCAUUGGUGAUAUUCGUGGUUUACAAGACUAAGGAACUACACACCGUUACUGGGUACUUGAUUGCCAACCUGGCCAUUGCAGAUUUGGGAGUUGGACUACUCUGCAUUCCUUUUACAGUAAUAUACUUUGAACUCGAUUUUAAUUGGCCAUUUGGAUUUUUCAUGUGCAAACUGGUGCCGUCUCUACAAAUAUUUUUCUUGAUGGGAUCAGUCGCAACACUGCUGGCAAUUUCUGUAGAUCGACAUCAGUCCAUUGUGUACCCAUUCAAUCCACGCAUCAGUAUCACACAAGGAAGGCUCAUCAUUGCCCUUAUAUGGUUAAGUGCGCUUUUCCCGGCAUUGCCGAUGCUCGGAGUUAUGGAUACUUCUCCAGCACCAGGARAAAAUCAGAAUAUCUUGUGURGCGAAAAUUGGCCUGAUUUCGAUCCUCUUACUAAAUCUAGUAAGCUGGCUCUCGCCUAUACUGUAUUGUCAUUCUUACUGACGUACGCCAUUCCUCUGCCUUUAAUCAUCAUUCUCUAUAUAAGGAUUGGUCUCAAGUUACGGGAAGCUAUUGCCGAUGCCGCUGAUCGGCCUGGUUUUCAAGCGGCUCAGAUGACCAAGAAAAUCAUCAAAAUGCUUGUUGCUGUGGUUGUGUGUUAUGCUCUAUGUUAUUUGCCGAAUCACACAAUAUUCUUCCUAACGAUGACGGUUGAAAGUGAGACGCCGAAUGUGUUAUACCUACUACAGUCUUAUUGUCAAGUACUGAUGUACUUCAAUAGCGCGAGCAAUCCAAUCCUAUACGCUUUCCUUGGGGAUCAAUUCAAGUCAGGAUUCAAGAAGAUACUUGGUAUCAAGAACAAAUCAUCGGGGACGAAAACCAUCAAUACAGAGUACGUGGACAUCAAAAGUGCUGCAUGAUCCAUUACAAACUGAAUCUGAGGGAUCCAUUCAUUGGUCAGUUACAAAUCACGUGGAUAAAGCUUUCCAUCAUGAACAUUAAAAAUUGGCGCACCACCGUUCAUAGAAACUGUUCAUCUUCGUAGAUUUCAUUUGACGGGAUGUUCUGGCUCACCACCAGUGCUCUCCACGAGUCUAUUACCACUGGAGUUUGUUUCUUUAUAAUGUUAUAUCGAACAAAAUUAGAAAUAACAUUAUCGAAGGGGAGAACAGAAGGGAUUUGGGGAACAUAGGAAUUUGAAUCAUAUUUGAAUAGAUGCGUGAACAUUAACAUUAAUUUGUUAUACAAAUAAGUAUUGAUUAUAGUACGAAUAGACCGCGAAAACUGAGAACUCGUUAUAUAUGAUAUUAUCCUAAUUGGUUUUGUAUUUUAAUGCUCCCGCUUCGGCCUUAACUUUUCAAUUCUUCAUUUUCAAAUUGUGUUUAACACAGCCUUAGCACCGGAAGAGGAAGAAGAAACACGAAAAGUAUAUAUACAUCUCAUUUWGAAAAGGAUUUCGACAUGAAGUUGAUAUUUCUAGUACAGUCUAUUUCAGGUCUUCAAGACCGGCUUGCGCAGUAUUCAUAAGGUAGACAGUGAGAUAUAGCUAAAAAACUCUAAAUUAGCAAUACUAUCGGAUGCAAAAUUGUAGAUCUUAACAUUCAUAAUAUUUCACUGGGGCCGUGUAGCACUAGAUCUACCCUAUCUUAAGGUCGAGUAUCACUCUUGAACUUUGCUCGUCUUCAUCGCUGUUACAUAAAUGUUUGACGGCUAUUUCAAGGAAGAAAYAGAUAUCSCCAGUGAUAAUMCUGGMYUUAAAACUGCAUGUAUUGCUAGAUGGUGGACCAACCAGGUAUAAAGAGUUUAAUGAUAAAUGACCAAAAAAGCUUCCAGAGUGACACUGUGUCUUUCAUACUUUUAAAAUAUGAGUAUUAAAGAAAAUACUUUGUUUGUAAAUAAUAAUUGUUGUCAGUUGGGUGUGGAUGCAUGUAUAAGUACAAUACUUAAAUUAAAUUGUAUGAAUAGAUAAGAAUCAGCAAA